AUGAGAACAUAUCCUUUAGUGGUCAGCACCCAUGCUGUGGCCCUGCUGAGGAAACUCAAUUUUCAGAGAAUGGAGGGGCAAUUUUGUGACUGUGUGAUUCGACAACAUCUGAACCCGGUGAAACUUUAUCUGGCCCACAAAAAUGUCCUGUCAGCUUCUAGUCCCGUAUUGGCUUCCCUUCUCCCCAGUAAAGGUGCACUGCUGGACUUGCAGUUUCCAUCCCCUUCGACUGAAAUUCUAGGGUCUCUUUUGGAAUUUAUCUACACUGGGACACUACCCCCACCAGAUCAGGAUGAAUCUAUUCUCUCUGCUGCUACUUAUCUGCAAAUGGAGGAACUCCAGAAGGCUUUAAUAAGAAGGAGCAGACUGGACACAACACCUGUGUCUGACUGCACUGUUGCAGGUAAAAUGAUCCAUCUAUUAAUUAUUUAAAUUGUGUAAGAAUAAUAUCACAUUGUUGUUCUAAUUUCUAAAAUCAUCUAUUCUUUCUCAUUUCUAUGUUCAUUCGUCCAGCAGACAUAAAACCCAAUCUAAAGAGGGAAUGUUCAGAUCAGCAGCAAAACAAGACGAAUGAACAUUCUCUAUCGCACUGCACACCAUCCCCUCUAAGUUGUGAAGUCGUCCCCGUCAUAUGCCAUGUCAGUACAACUGGAAAGCCUUCUCUAUUGUCAGAACCCAGACCUGAAAGCAGAAAAUUGAACAUUGAGUUUGACGUGACCAGAAAGGAGGCAGGAGUCAGUGAGAGAAAGGUGACACUUGGCCCUGGACACAAUUUAAAGCACUAUAGAUUACAAAAGGAUGUUAAUUAUGAGGCAGCUUUAUAUGAGUCACAACCAAAACAAAUAAAGAUUGUAUCUGGCAGUGCAGGCUCCAAUGUCCAGGAUCUGCCCAUGGCUGCCCCAGAGGAUGCUGCAUAUUAUAAAGGAAGGCGUCAAAGGGAGUUGGAUGGAAAAUCUGUAUUACAAAGUUCUGGGAAUGCUAUCCUGACACAUACUGUUGUAUGUUCAGAAAUUGGUGAGGAGGAUGAUACUGGAAACACCACAAAUCAGGAAGUUACAUCCCACUUCAAUACUUCAAGUCAUGACUCCAGGAUUCAUAGUUGUCCUCACUUAGAUAAAACUUCCAAAGGUAGUAACAGUGAGGGGUUUUCUACAAUAGAUCAGUUAGAGUCAAACAAAGAGAAAUGUUUUAAAUGCCACCCCACACGGCAAUUAGAAAAUAUUUCAGCCGCUAAUGAGUACAUCCCUGAUAAUGCCAAAGAAAACACCCCUAUGGGUAAAUUCAAGGAUUUAUGGAGUUCAAAGGUCACCAGUGGAUAUUGUCCCCAGGGCGACGAAACAAAAUGCUUUCAGAGUGCCUCUAGAUUAAAUCUAUGGACUAAGGCAGCGAGCUACUCUACACUAAACCCCAAAUUAUCUGAGGAGGUAACAUCAAACGAGAGCAGAAGUGAUAUCAAGGGCAGUAACACUAACACCAACGAAAUGGAAACGUAUCAAGGACAAGUUCGCUAUCACUAUCUUGCAAGGGAAAAACAUCACCCUGUACAAUCCAGUGACUCAGACGACGAUGGUCUGUAUAGUGCUAUGGCUAACUCUGACCUCCGAGAAGGUCUUGGCAUAAAUGUCAAAGCCAGCGCCUCAGAUUUCGUUUUACUGGACAUUUCAGCCAAACAUCCCUCGGCAGGAUACCCUGACUCCAAUGGGAGUCAGCUGAGUGUGCCUGCCUCUGCCUCUGCCUCUGUCCAGCCUUACCAGUGCACUAUGUGUGAUAGGGCCUUCAGCCAGCGAGGCUCCCUCAACAGACACAUGCGCUCCCACCUGGGUGUUAGGCCCUACUCCUGCCCCCAGUGUCCCAUGACCUUCUCCAGACAGUACCGGGUCACUGAGCACAUGCGCGUCCACCAACGGGGCUGCGAGGACCUUCAGAGGACAGGCCCCACCUGA